AUGGAUAACACAAAUUUAAAAAAUUUAAUUGCUGAUUUAGUACUUAAUCAAAAAUUUCUUAGUUAUUAUGAAUUAAAAUCAUAUCUCCAAAAAUAUAAUAAUAAUAUAACGGGUGAUGAUAUGGAAUAUUAUUAUCCAUAUUAUAAAAAUGAAAUUUUGAAAUAUCAUAAUAAAAUAAUUUCUGAAAUUAAAGACAAAAUUAAAAAUAAUGAAUAUUCAAAGGGAAAAACUAAAUCACAACUUAAACAAUUGAAAGAUUUCAAAAAUAAAGUAUUAACAGAAGAAGAUAUUGAUGAAUUAUAUAAAUUAUAUAAUCCUGAGCUGCAAAAAACAAAGGAACAAAAACAAAAGGUGCAAAACGCCCAGGUCAUUCAGACCAUAAAUGAAGCACAAGCUUUAAUUUAUGAUUCAUUAGUUAAACCAUAUUCAGCCCGACUUUUAAAUGAAGAUCAACUUUUGGAAUUCAUCCUUCAACAUAAACUCGAAGCGGGAAAGUAUAUCAAACCUUUAUAUACAGUAUAUUUAAAACAAAUGAAUAGAAUACAUCCAGAAUUAAUGAAAGGAGGAAUGAAAUCCAAAAUCAAAGCAGAUAAAAUUAAAUCACUUGCAACACCAAAACCUCCAACAGUAGUACCUCCUCCUUCAGUUAA